CACUAGAUUCAUGCUAAGGGUUUAUGACUUCAAUAAUGACCCUUAAAACAAACUGUAAAUACCUGUGUGUAACAGUGAGAACACGUUACCCUAGUAAAAUAAGCCAUGUUCCCUUUCCUCCGUAGCAAAGCGGUUUGGGAAAACAUGGCGCGGAUGUGUGUGAAGACGCGCCAGCUGGACGUGGCGCGCGUGUGCCUCGGGAAUAUGGGAAAUGCGAGGGCAGCAAAAGCUCUGAAGGAGGCGGAGCUUGAGCCUGAGCCAGAAGCCCAGGUGGCCAUGUUGGCCGUUCAGCUCGGGAUGCUGGAAGAUGCAGAAAAGUUGUACAAGUGCUGCCAGCGCUUUGACCUGCUGAACCAUUUCUACCAGGCGUCCAGCCAAUGGCAGCAGGCUCUGGGAACGGCAGAGAGCCACGACCGCAUCCACCUGCGCACCACCUAUUACAACUAUGCCAAGUACCUGGAGUCCAUGGGCGACAAGACCCAGGCCCUCGUGUAGUAAGACCCCCCGUCGGCUGUCGCCGCAUGUCGACGACACCAUAGUUUUUAAUUCAAGUGGUUAAGUAUUAUAAAGUGUGAUUGUAAGCGCUGUUGUUACAGUUACGAGAAAUCCGACACGCACCGGGUGGA